AUGGUUAGUUACCUGGAAAGUGAAAACCUGGGCUGUAGUCAGAAAAACUUGGGUUUGAAUUUAGAUGCUGCCUCCUUACUAAAUACAGGACUUGGACUAAGUCUCUUAAUCGCGCUGAGGUGCAGUUUCUUCCUCAAUAACAUGAAGAUGCCAUUUACCACAGGGGGUUGUUGGGAAGGAAAUAAAAAAUCGACUUCAAAAAUAACCAUGCGGAUCCCAUAUAGCACUCGCUGGUGCUUAAUAUUCUUCAUCUUUAUGAAUUUUCCAACCCUUCUUUCCUCUAAUAAAACCGAUAGAACCGCUCUACAAGCGGAGGACUCAUUUCUGGUCAGAUUGGGAAAAUGGAAAAUGCAGGUUGCAGAGGCCAAAUGCUUACUCCGAAUGGAAAGGUUAUCCCGAUACCAUAGAGAAGAUCUACGUUGCAAUCGCAUGUGGGAUGGAUGGCUGUGCUGGGAUGACACACCGGCUGGACAGACAACCACUCAGCCAUGCCCAGAUUAUUUUCCCGACUUCGAUACAACAGAAGUGGCUGUGAAACACUGUGAAAAAAAUGGAUCUUGGGAACUAACUGCUGACUUGAAUGAAACCUUGACUAACUACAGUAUGUGUUAUGCUUUCUCUGCUGAAAAAAUGAAGCAUGCAUACAUGAUGUUCUACGUGGCCAUUGUGGGACACUCUGUUUCUCUUCUCACCUUGAUAACUUCACUGGUGAUUUUCGUGUGUUUCAAGAAUCUUGCCUGCCAACGGGUUACCAUGCACAAGCACAUGUUUCUGACUUACAUUCUGAAUUCUAUUGGUGUCCUCGUCCACCUAACCCAAGUGGUCCCCAAUGUUGAGUAUGUGAACUCGGAUCCGCUGAGCUGCAAGAUUCUGAAUUGUAUCAACCACUACUUCAUGUUAUGCAACUAUUUCUGGAUGCUCUGUGAAGGAAUCUAUCUGCACAAACUCCUUGUGGUGAACGUGUUCAAUGGGGACCAAACGAUGAAGUGGUAUUACCUCUUGGGCUGGGGGCUCCCGGUGGUGCCAACUGUAGGCCAUGCUAUUGCUAGGCUGAAGCACUUCAAUGACAGCUGCUGGAUGAGUGUGGAAACCUACCUGGUUUACAUCAUCCAUGGCCCUAUCAUGGCAGCCCUGACGGUCAACUUCUUCUUCCUGAUCAACAUCCUCCGUGUGCUCGUGAAGAAGAUUAAGAAUGACGGCCAGCAUGACGCCUUGCGGUACCUGAAGGCAGUGAAGGCUACUCUGUUCCUGGUGCCCCUGCUGGGAAUCCAGUUUGUCAUCUUACCCUGGAGGCCUCACAGCAAGAUUCCUGCCCGAGUCUAUGACUACGUGAUGCACUUUCUGAGCCAUUUCCAGGGAUUCUUCGUUGCGAUGAUUUACUGCUUCUACAACAGCAACGUGCAGGAAGCCCUGCUGCGCCGUAUGCAGCAGUGCAAAACCCGCUGGGAGCAGCGCAGUGGGUACGCUUUGCGCCGGCAGGAAUACAAUAUUAUGCUGGCAGCUAUGGCUGCAGCUGCGGCUGCAGCCAAUGCUGAUCCUGGCGAUAUCCCUGUAUGCAUCUGCCACAGAGAGCCGCCGAGGAGCCGGGCAGCUGCCAACAACCGGGAGGGGAACAACAACAACAACGACGUCCAAUACGAAGUGGAAGCCCAAAUCGAAUUCAACGCGGGCGAGGAGAUUCAUGACAUCAUCCCGAUGGAAAUCUUAGAGCGGGAGUAA